GUUGUAACGGGGCUGCUAAUAGCCGAAGUAAAUGUAAACACUAUGUGCCAACUGGGUUCUGGUGGUGUAUCACUGGUAUCAAUGGCCAUGAGGACUGUAGGGAGUGUGGGAGUUCAAAUUGUGUGUUGGUCAUACAUUUUUAUACACUAUGCACUUCUUGUUGCCUAUGUAGCUCGUUCUUCAGAAAUUAUGACAAAUUUUCUCAGAAUCCCCUUAUGGGAAAGUGCAACAAUAUUUUCAUUGCUGUUGGGAGGCAUAUGCUACUUUGGAAGUCAACGCUUCGUUGGUGCGGUUAAUGGGGUUCUGGUAUUUGGAAUUAUCAUAUCUUUUGCUGCUCUAGUAGCCGUCGCAAGUGGAUACCUACAAUGGGAUGUUCUUUUGAAAGCCAACUUUCAAGCUGUUCCCAUGAGUAUACCCAUAAUUGUUCUGUCGUUUGUUUACCAGAAUGUUGUGCCUGUUCUUUGUACGAAUCUUGAAGGAGACCUGUCAAAAGUAAGGACUGCAAUUGUUUUAGGCACCAGUAUACCACUUGUUUUAUUUCUAGUCUGGAAUGCCGUGAUUCUAGGAACCAUCACAACUGUUGAAAUGAGCUCAGAUAAGAUCAUGGAUCCAUUACAACAAUUGCGAUCUACGAACGAAGUUGUUGGACCUAUUGUUGAGGUGUUCUCACUUUUUGCUAUUGCAACGUCAUACAUCGGAUUUGUUUUGGGUCUCUCUGACUUCCUUUCUGACUUGCUGAAACUUCCGGCUGGUCAGAGCCGAUCUCUGCCAUACGCAAUGACGUUGGUUCCACCAAUUGUGCUGUCUUUGCUAGACCCAGAAAUAUUCUUCAAAGCCUUAGACUUCGCUGGAACUUAUGGAGUGUUGGUGCUGUUUGGAAUUCUUCCUCCUGCAAUGUCUUGGUCAGAUAGGUACUCAAGUUCAUCCCCAGCUAUGAAAUUGCCAUUGCCACAGUUAGUUCCAGGAGGAAGGCUCACUCUUUCACUUGUAGUGGGAGGAGCUGCAUUUGAUUCUCAUCAUGAAGAUUCUGAUCAUCUCCUCUCGCUUCCAUCUGAUGACGACGAUGGGGACGGCUUUCGGCGGCAAGGAGAGAGAGAUCACCUUGAGAGGGAAAGGGGUUUUCUUUCUGAGAAUCGUAUGCCCUUUGUUAAGAUGGAAUUUUCCAGAUUCAGCGAUGGGGAUGAUCUAAUUGAAUGGGUUUACAAGGCGGAGCAGUAUUUUGAUUAUGUUUCGAUGCCAACUAAGAAAAGGGUGGAAAUGGUUUCUUUCCAUCUAGAUCAAUUUGGCUCUCAUGGGUUUGAGGAUUUUGUAAAGUCACUAUUUAAGCUUCGUCAAACCAGUUCUUUAAAGGAUUAUAUCUCUGAAUUCCGACGUUUGACAACUCGAAUCCGAGAUCUUAGUGCAAAUUUUCGAUUCAGCUAUUUCAUUGGUGGAUUAAGGGAAGAACUCAAGCAUGAUAUCAAGUUGCUUCGUCCUGCAACAGUUCAUGAGGCCAUGAAUUUUGCUCAUGAAGUGGAUGCUAAACCCCAAAAGUUGAGGUCUAUGCAUUCUUCUAGAAAUUUUAAGUCAAGAUUGCCUCUUUUACCUAUACAAAAUGAUUUAGUUCCUAGGAAGGAUAUGCCUAUCAAGAAAUUAACCCCUGAGGAAAUCCAAUAUAAACAGCAGAAUAAUCUUUGCUUUUAUUUUGAUGAAAAAUUUGUGAGGGGUCCUAAGUGUGCUAGGAAACAAAUCUUGUUGCUGGAUAUGGGUUAUAAUAGCUCCAAAGAAGAGGACAUAGUUCAAGAAUUGCAACAAAUUGAACAGGUAGUUGAGGUGACUGUUUGUUGUAUCACAAUUUAUGCUUUGUAUGGUACUCCUGCCUAUAUUUCUAUGAAGACCAUGAAACUCAAUGCUUUAAUAAAGAAUUGUCAUGUGGUAUUGUUAGAUUCUGGAAGCUCUCAUAAUUUCAUCAAUAUGGGCAUGGUUAAGAAGUUGGGUUGGAAGUCAGAUCAGUCUCAUAUUUGUGAUGUUAUGAUAGCUGAUGGUGGACAGGUUCAAAGUAUGAGUUGUUGUGUUGGGGUACCCUUGGCCAUAGGGAAAUAUGUCUAUACUUCCGAUAUGUUUGCUUUAUCAUUGGGCAGCUGUGACAUUAUUUCUAAGCCUCAAACUCCAUAUCCUAUUUCUUGUCAUCAAUUGGACAAGUUGUUGCAUUCAUGUUGUUAUGGAGUGAUUCUCUGUGCUGUAGAGGGUGAGAAUAUGGACAAGCUUGCAAGUGAUUUAUCCUCACCACAACAUCAAGAAUUGCAAGCCUUGUUGGAUUCUUUUUCUGUAAUUUUUGGUACACCAACUACUCUACCUCCUAUGAGAGAACAUGAUCAUCGGAUUCCUUUAAUUUCAAGUUGUAAACCACCAAGUAUUCGCCCAUAUGCUUAUGGACCACUUCAAAAGUCUGAAAUUGGAAAGUGUGUCAAAGAGCUGCUGGAUUAUGGAUUUAUCAGGAACAAUCAUAGUCCUUUUUCUUCUCCUGUUUUGUUGGUCAAGAAGAAAGAUAGCACCUGGAGAAUUAUUUUCAUCCAAAAGAUAUUGAAAAAAGGGCAUUCUGAACUCAUGAGGGACUAUGAAUUCCUUGUGAUGCCCUUUGGAUUAACAAAUGCACCGGCCACAUUUCAAGACCAUUUGAGGCAUUUAAAUAUUGUUUUGGAAAUUCUAAAGCAUCAUCAACUUUUUGUCAAGAUGUCCAAGUGUGCCUUUGGAGUUUCAACUAUUGAAUAUUUAGGUCACAUCGUAUCUCGGCAAGGAGUUUCAGCAGAUCCUUCCAAAUUAAACGCAAUGGUUGAUUGGCCUAUCCCUACUUCUGUUAAAAGUUUGGGAGGAUUUUUGGGUCUCACCGGCUAUUAUCGGAAAUUCAUUCCUCCCUAUGGUAGGGAGAGUUUUCCUUUGACUCAGUUAACGAAUAAUUAUGGGUUUUUGUGGACGCCUGAGGCUACUGCCGCAUUUCUCAAACUCAAGGAACUCAUGUUAUCUCCUAGAGUUCUCGCUUUGCCGGAUUUAACAAAACCUUUUAUAAUAGAAAGUGAUGCUUUUGGAACUGGUAUAGGGGUUGUGUUACAACAGGAAGGUAGGCCUAUUUCUUUUACCAGCAAGACUCUUGGUCCUAGAAACCAAGCCCUUUCUACUUACGAGAGGGAAAUGAUGGCAAUUGUUCAUGCCAUCAAGAAGUGGCAUCAUUACUUACAAGGUAGGCACUUUGUCAUUCAGACAGAUCAUCAUAAUCUUAAAUAUUUUCUCAAUCAUAAGGUUCAUAUUCCUUUUCAACAAAAAUGGGUCACUAAGCUUUUGGGCUAUGAUUAUGAGAUACAAUACGGGCAAGGGAGUGAUAAUAAGGUAGCUGAUGCUUUGUCUAGAUUUCCUAUCAGUCACAUCUCUUCUACUGACCAAGUUCAAGUUUUUUCCAUGGACAACUUCACCAGUGGAAAUGAUGUUCAUGGAGAGUGUAUUGAGAAUUUGGCCAUUACAUAUCCUAUCAUAACUGGAUGGAUGAUUUACGAAGAUAUAAUGAGGUUGAUCCUUGGAUUCUUAGUAAAAAAAAACAAGUUAUAG